AUGCCACCCCACUUGACACUCGGGGUGUCCGAGUCGGCAGACACUCUGACUCGGAGUCUUCAACCUUUUUCUCAUCGGUUCUCUCACAGCGGCUGGCGCUUCAGUGACACCGACUUCGUCCCCAACCCGUUCGUCCAACGCUUCAAGCGCGCCUCCGCGGCCCUCUCCACUUUCGCCUCUCAGGGCAGGUCCACCGACACUCUGGUCAACGAGAGCAACCCGGCCCAUCUCAAACAAGACAGCCUCCAUGAGAAGAUUUCUACUCAGGCUGGACGUCCACGCACGUCGGCACCGUUGCCUGAGAGCGUCCUGGUGCGCAUAUUCGCAUAUUUCGACCCCUUCAGCCCCAACGACGUCCAAACAUGCCUCCGGGCGGCUUUCGUCUGCCGCGAGUGGGCGGAGCCGGCGCUCGGUGUCGCAUGGUCUAGGCUGCCACACCUGGAGCCUCUCUGGUCCGCCCUCCUCGAUCCAGGUUUGCCCAAGAUCGAGGAAGACGCGGUUCUGGUCAGAAAGGGGAAGAUGGCGAUAUCGAUUCUCGAAACCGAGUCCUUCCGAGACCCGAUCCUCUUACUUCAUUGGCACGGCAACUACCCCCAAGCGCCCAUCAUGCAGCAACUGUUCAACUCUCAAGCCCUCUGCACGUGCAUACCACCCUCGUUCCUCACGCUCUCGAUCGUCGGAGCGGACGGAAAUGGCCGGUGCUUCCCGGAUCAGGAGUGGCUGAACAAAUGCCUCGAACUCGUGCAUGGUAUCGCUGGCUCGUCUCUCAAGAAGAUCGUCAUCUCGUACCUCCCUCAGGACGCACUCUGGAUCAUCCCCUCACUGGAACCGUUCAAGCAACUCCAUACCAUUGCCAUCGACCAACCUAUCACCCCGCCAGCUCUUCGGAGCGUCGGAACAUUGAAGCAGCUGGUCGCCCUUUCCAUCAACUGCUCCACCACUGGCGACUGGGACGGUGUCACCUCGAUCGACCUCCCAACGCUGCAAACACUCAUCGUUCCCGUAGGAUCGUCCACAGCGCUGUGUCUGCUCCUCAAAGCACUACAAGCCCCAAAACUCAACCGGCUCGUGAUGCUCGCCGAGAACCACCACGUCGACACGCUCGACGAGAUCGCCGCCCUCGUCGCCGCCGUCGCCGCGUCGCCGAUCUCCACGACCAUCCACGACCUCACGCUCCACAUCGACCCCAAACCCCUCGUGCGCGCCGACAACCGCAUAGCCGGCGGUACGCCUCUCGCGGAGUUCCUCGGUCCAUGGCUCACGCUGUCCCCGCUCCGGGCGCUCACGGUACACUGCCGCGACCCCGGAGCGAUCGCCGCGGGCGACGACGACUACUACGCGCUGGCGUGCGCGUGGCCGGAGUUGCAGAACAUCGUCGUGCGGGACUGCGGGCACGGCCCGCGCCACGACGGACCCGACCCGUCGCGCGCGACGACCUACCACUUCGCGAUGCACUGCCGGCAGCUCAGGGGGUUCAGCAUCGGGGGGCUCGCGCCGUUCUCGGCCACCCUGCAUCGGACCAAGGAGUUGAGGGAGGCGGAGAUCAGGAAGCUGAAGGCGCAGGGGCGGUUGCGCGUGGAGGGGGUUCCGCGUGAAGGAAAGGGGAAGGGCCGGCCAGGCUUAAAGCACGACCUCUAUCGUCGCACCAUCUCAGCACCUCCCCACUCCCCACUCCCAGCAAGGAUCGAGGCAGGCAUGAUUCAAAGCGCGUUCACUACGCUCAGAGGCAGGAUCAAGGCAAAAAUCAAGGGUGCUGAUCAUAACACCCACGAACACGAAGAUGCGACGGGGCGUGCGCUGCAGAUACAUGAGAUUGUCGUUUGUAUCAUCGAACACUUCGACGACUCCUUCACAAACGCGGAUGGUCUCAAGGCGGCCUGUUCUAAAGCAGCCCUGGUGUCCCGCUCGUUCGCUGAACCGGCAUCUCAAAUGCUCUGGAGGGAGCUCUCGCCGAAUCUGGAUCCGUUGUGGCGGAUGGAGCGUCUCGAGCGCUCUCAGGCUUGGCACACUCAGAUACUCAACCCGGGACGAAGCGGAAAAAAGUUGACGUCAAAAGAUUGGACUCUCAUCAAGAAACUAUCUGCGAACGGUGCCAUCACCGAGCUCUUCCCCGCGCUGCAAGAGCUGCAUCUCCACGUCAUAGAGAUACCCAUCCACCUAUCCGCGCUCGUCCCUCGGCAUCUCCUCCGGCUCGAUAUCGUCAUCCAUCACGACGAGUCUCGUGAGCACGCCGCAGGGAUUAUCGACCUCUUCCGGGAACAUGUCCCCAACCUACGCGGCUUCACGAUCCGGAACGAACAGUCCAAUAUUGUCGGCUUCAAAGUUUUCUACGAUCCAGUCUCACUCGAGACACUUCACUCAAUAUUUAAACUCCAAACACUUCAGUCGCUAAAUCUCGAGAAUGUUUCCACUCCUUGGCGCACUCUCCUUCACCUUAUCGCCAACGCCGGCUCCGCAUUCCAAGAUCUCCUUUCUCUGUCCGUGCAUCUUCUCGACGAAGUGGCAGACGAUGAUGCAUCAACUGCCGACACUCCAGAGUCGCCCCUCCCCGUAGCGCACCUUCCUCGCUUGGAGCAGCUCGUAUGUCUUGGGAAAUCCAAGGACAUGGCCUUCUUCACCUGUCACCUAAUGGCACCUACACUCUCUAUUGCCAGUUUCCCCUACAUAUAUUACACGUCAACCGCCCAAGACGCGUUCGAUGACUUGUAUUUUCAGCUCACUGCGCUGGAAAUCUCUCCAUUUCGGUACAGCCUUCAAGGCCUGCUUCUGAAUUUCAACCCUGGCAUGUAUUUGAACAACCUUGCAAGUCCCCCAUACGCUUCACUUACGGUACUCCUACGCCCCCUCUUUUCCCUCUCACUCCAAAUCUUUAUGUUCGACAUCGCGACCCCCACCAUAGGCGUCAGGAUCACCGACGAAGACCUCGCUUCCAUCGCCGUCGCGUGGCCCGGCCUCCGCGUCCUCUCCAUACAACGUCACCGCAACGACAAGUCGCCCAAAUUGGGCGGGGAUGCGUCCCUCACUUCGCUCCUGCGCUUGGCCCAGCACUGCCCCGAUCUCGUGACCCUCAGCCUUCUCAACGUCUUCUUCGACUUAAGCGUCCCAGGCGAGGCUUUCCGCGCGAAAGUGUCCCCGGCCCGGGAAAUGCGCACACUCACCCUAAGCGGGCCCGGGGACGAUCUGCCCCCGCGCACAUCGCGUCUCAUCGCGCGCCUCCUGGACUCCGUCUUCCCUAACCUGCAACUCUCCACAUCGACGAUCGCGACGCAGCAUCGGGAGAAGGAAGAACCCCUGUAUCCGCUGUGGGAGGAGGUGGUGCUGGAGAUCUUGGAGCGUCGGUAUCCAGGGAUGUGGGCAAGCGAGGGCUUGUUGUCUUGA